AUGGCGCUUGACAGCGCUCCUUCACCUGCCUUAUUUCCCCUGUCUACUCAUCUUUUUGCCCUGGCAAUCCAGAUCGCUAGAGGACUUGGCCGUGUUACAGACUGGCUGCUUCUAUUGGAUUCAGCAUUUUCCCCGAGUUGGAGAUAUUCCUUUCAGGAUUUACUGACUGUGUUUGUCAUGAUGAUGGCGCAGAAGUUGUUAGGUUUUGGAUCGUCACAGUCUGAGAGCCAGCCAACCAAUACCCAGUUGCUGGCACUUCCUGGUCACCACCGCAGUGGUGGAAGGCCUGUGGUUGAGAUUCGAGAGCGUAUCUACAAGGAUGCGUUUAAAAGACAAUAUGUCAACAGUUAUGUCGGGUUUGGUCUCAUUUCAAACCAGACUAUCCCGGCGGGCACAAUCUUGUUUGUCGAUCGGCUUUUCGCCGUGUGGAGAAGCGAGCAAAAGGACUGCAAAAGCCUGCACCAGGCCAAUGACCUGAUCCAGAAGAAGGCGCGUGCUUUGGGUCCCAAGUGGUUCAACCAGUUCCUGAUGCUGUCUCGUCCCUCUGAGCAAAAGCUCGGCACGAUGGCAGCGAUCUACAAUGCCCAUCACGUUGUGGUGGCGUGGGGCGACCAGGUCGGCGGCGCCGUGGGCCUCAACCUGGCGUGGAUGAAUCACUCUUGCAUUCCGAAUUGCACCCUCUCCAUCGUCGACAAGCAUCCCGUGCAUCGAAGCCAUGGCCGUCCCCCGCGCCGCGUGGGACGCGCCGUGGUGCGCACCUGCGCGGAAAUUGCUGCCGGCCAGGAGCUCACCAUCCCCUACGCGUAUAUCAGCGGAGUGCGCGCCGCCAGACAAAACGAGACCUUUGGCCGGUUCAAUUUCCGAUGUGCCUGUCGCGCAUGCCACGAACCGCAAGUCGCCAUUGAAGAAACCCUUGACCAACACAGCGGGGUCCAGUACACGAUCGACCGCAAGGACAUCAUCGCCAACCACCCGUCGCUCGCGAUCCAGUUCGCCUACAAUCUCAUCUGGCAGUCGGUCCGCAGCCGGAUGUACGAUCUCCGCGUGGCCAUGCUCUGGGUGAAAUGCGCCCUCAUCGCCGCGCACCACUCGGACCUGGGCCGUGCGCAGUGCUUCCUCGUCCGCGCGCGCCAGAUGGCUCUCAUCCUCGAGGGUCCGCACGGCGCGCUCUACCGCCAGGUCUCGCACUGGUAUCUGGCUCCCACUCUGAUGCCCGGGUACGGCGGCACGCGGCGCGGCCUGUCGACCCCGCUGGACGCCCUCACGAUCUUCCAUCACAAACGCCAGUCCCGCAAUGUCCUCUUCAUGCUGGGCUGUGACCCGAACGAGUACAUCCGGAUCCGUCGCUACCGGUUUCUCCGGCCCGGGGACGCGAAUUUCCAGGCCGGGGAGCUCCGCUAUGAAAUUCUUCCGGACGUGGACCAUGCCCCUCCACCGCUUAUCAUCGAUCCGAAUGAAGACGAGGGUAAGAGCAAGGCUCGGGAUCGUCAGGACCAGCGCGGUGAGAAGACGACGCAGAACCAGGACCAGAACCAGAACCAGGAGAAGAAGAAAAAGAAGAAGAAGAAGACGAAGAAGAAGGCAAAGGGUGGAGCUGGGAAGGGCUGCGUGGAUCCCGAAAAGGAUUUCCUGGAUCUGUUCUUGGAGGUGGUGGAUAAUUUCGAGUGUCCGGAGUGCGCGAAGGAGGCAUCCAAUGCUGAUUGUGGAGCUGGAGCUGGAGCUGGAGCUGGAGCUUGUGCUGGAGCUUGUGCUGGUGCGGAUGCUCAUGCGGAGGGUAAACCUGGUGCGGCUGUGCCUGGACAGAACGCAAAGAAUGAGAUGCAAAAGGUCAAGGAGAAAGCAGUCAAAGAAGGAGCUGAGAGAAACCCCAAGAAGGGUGAAGAGAAGAACAGUGCCCCCCAGCAACCUGAAGAGCCAGCUGAGCCAGCCGAGGGAGCUGAGGGGCCUCAGAAACAGAAGAAGAAGCGCAAGGGAAGAAAGAAGAAUGGAUGCAGAAACGAUGCCACGGCUGAGCCUGUCAUCCAGGAUGUGGGAGCCGAGAAGCAGGUUGUGUUAGUGGAGGCUCCAGGCUUUCCCGGCCGUAACGAACAGGCUGAGCAGCAAGAUGCUUGAGUUGGGGAUGUGGAUCAGGAGUGAUACAUUGGUGAAUGGUGAAUGACCCAGAUAACUAGCUAAUAAUGAGCCUUUUUUUGAGUCUGACCAAGUGGCGAGACAUUGGCUUUCAUGUAUGUACAAGUGAUAGGAAUCAACUAAUGAAUUGAC